AUGAAUUCCAAAAUUCCACAGAAACUUGUCAAUGGAUUAUUUAGAUUUUAUGUGUGGCUACUGGUCAUUUUCUAUACUGGAACUGUGGCUCAGCAAACUCAUAUCAAAUUGAAACAGGGGACUUUGGUCGGGUUAAAAGUAUUUCCAGAUUCUGCUCGAUCGGCAGUUUAUGCGUUUCUUGGAGUACCCUAUGCCCAGGCGCCCAUUGGUGAACUGCGAUUUGCACCACCCAAACCGCACAUGGGCUGGAAUCGAACCCUACAAGCCAUGAGCAUGAAACCAAUAUGUCCACAAUUGUCGAAUACAAUAUACGAUGAAACUUCGGAAGAAUUAAUAGCGAGACCAGCUGAAACGAGUGAAGAUUGCUUGUAUUUAAAUAUUUGGGUAUCUGAGAAUGGUUUACGAUAUGGAAACUUACCAGUCUUGGUUAUACUUACCGGCGAAGAUAUGUCCUAUGAUUGGCCGAGAAAUAGAGUUACUGGUUUAGACAUUGCUGCCGAAGGUUUGGUCGUCAUUACCAUACAAUAUCGUACAAAUAUUUUCGGUUGGAUGAAUGCCGCCGAUAAUAGUGAACUCAGCGGAAACUACGGCCUUCAAGAUCAAAUACUGGCUUUAGAAUGGAUACAGGAGAAUGUUAAAAGCUUGGGUGGAAAUACCAAUCAAAUAACAUUAUUGGGUCAUGGAACAACAGGAGCUACAUGUGCCUUCCUGCAUUUCAUACUGGGACAACAAUCGUCCUAUUCUAACGCCAACCCUCUAUUCAAUCAGAUGCUACUAAUGUCCAGUGGAAACUUACAUAAACAAAUGGCAUCAGUUUCUUCUGUGCAGGAUGCAUCUAAAGCUCUCAUAGAAAAGUUGGGCUGUCAAUUUGAGGAAAACGGACGACAAGUGGUAUCAUGUCUGCGCUCAAAGAGUGUUAGUGAUUUGCUCAAUGCCUUCGAGAGUAUUUAUAAUCAUGGCAAUGGAACUCAUCAUCUGGCACCAAGUAUACAUUUUAAUUUUGAAGACAUACUAACAAACUCUAGCAUAAUGAAGAACUUCCCCAAUACCAUUAUGGGAAUUACAUCCAAUGAGGGCGCUUUCAUGCAGGAUUAUUGGCUAGAGUUGGCUCGAGAAAGUUAUGCCAGUUUGCGUAGCUACAUCAACAACACCUUAUUGCAAAAAGUCCUACCGCUUUACUCCAGCACUCAUAAUCAAAAUUAUGAAAAAUCUAUCGAAGCUUUAAAUUGGCGCUACUUUGGUAAUGGCCUCGAUGGUGAUCGGGUUCAACUACUCAGUUCAAUACAAAAAUUCAUAUCGGAAUAUGAAUUUGAAAUACCGUUUUAUCAUUUGCUAAAUCAAAUAACAAAUUCUUCUAUAUCGACCGACUUGUAUGCCUAUGUUUUCGACUUGGCCAAUUCUAUGGAUAUGCGGGGCAAAAUUAAUUUAUUCGGUGGAGCAUCUCACACAUCUGAUUUACCCUUAAUUUUUGGUCCUUCUCUGUUCCAGCAAAUCGCUCGAAGACGUUUUACCAUCGAUGAAGAGAAAAUGUUUCGUAAAAUGAGAACUCCAAUUAUAAGUUUCAUAAAAAGUGGUAGUCCCAACCCGGGUCGAACAUAUGAUGGCUGGCUACCAUAUACUCAACAAAAUAAAUUCAUUUAUAACUUGGGCGAAAUGUGGACAUCGCAGCAAGAUAAUACUUUGACUUUGGAUCCAAAAAAUACCCAACAAAUUGAACAACUGAUUGAUAGUGAAAAAACUAUUGUGGCGCGUCCACGACCAAAUCGCUACGAAUUCAGUAAUUCAUACCAAAUCCCUUCUGACAAACGUUCCACACCGAAUUCAACUAUGAAUUCGCAUUCAAAGCGCAAUACGGAAUAUGCGUUGCAUUUGAAGCGUGUCUAUGGAUAUUGGCAAGUGUUUUUGCCACAACUAUUUACCACGCCUAAUGGCCAAUACACCGAUGACAUUGUCACCCAACGUUUACUAUAUAUGGAAGCUUCGGCUGAUGCGGCCCGUUAUAAACACGGAUUCUUUGUAAUGCUUGGAUUAGUUGCUGUUCUCCUUAAUCUGUUGGGGCUUUGCAUUUAUUUAUUGCGUCGCGAUCCUUUGGAUCCGACACCUAACUGUGAUUGCGAUUUAUGA